ACAGUCAGGACUUCAAAGGCAGCCAGUGGCCAGCGGCUGUUGGUGAGAAGUGUGAGUGACAGGAAGACAGACGCAGGGACAAUGAGAGGAGCUGAGAGUGUGACACAAGGGCAGUAGAUGGAGACAAAGUUUGGAGGCAGAAUAAAGAGAAAGUGACAAACAGAGCAGUGAAAGAUACAGUGUAUUAAAAAAGAAAAAAGAUCAAGAGAAGAGCAGGCAGACAGGAACAGACGCUCCCCGGACACAACAUUUGUCUCCUCUUCGGAGCAUGGUGGCAGAGUGCUCAUGGAUUUAGUCGACCUCUACCUCCCAGAGUGCUUCACCUACCACUCUGACACAGAACAUCUCGACAGGAUGUCAGUGAGGGGCUUGGACCCCACUUGUCCCUCCACUAUAAAGCGUGAGCCCUCCAGCCCCAGCCCCAGCUCUCAGGGCGACGUCAGCCCGGCCCAGCCCAGCCCUGGAAGCUCUUCCUCGGACACAAACUCCAGCUACGGGGCCUUGAUCAAAGGCCACAAUCACAGCAAUGGGCUGGACUCACCAGUCCUGUAUGGUCACACAGCGGGGUUGGCCAACAAUGUUGGAACAAACAGGAGGUUUGGGGAGGAAGAAAGUCCAGUGAAGUGUGAAUUCAUGCUGGGCACGGUGGCCAAGCGGCUGUGUCUGGUGUGCGGUGACGUGGCCUCAGGCUACCACUAUGGUGUGGCUUCCUGUGAGGCCUGCAAGGCCUUCUUCAAAAGGACCAUCCAGGGGAACAUUGAAUACAGCUGCCCAGCGUCCAACGAAUGUGAAAUCACCAAGAGAAGGAGGAAAUCCUGCCAGGCCUGUCGAUUUGUGAAAUGUCUGUCUGUGGGCAUGUUGAGAGAAGGUGUGCGCCUGGACCGGGUUCGAGGCGGCAGACAGAAGUACAAGAGGAGAAUAGAUGCUGAGAACAGCCCCUAUCUGCACCCACAGAGUGCCUUGCCUCAGAAAAGAACCUUCACUGUUGGCGGUGGGUUAGAAAACAAGGUGGUGUCUCUGCUGCUGGUGGCCGAGCCGGAGGGCAUCUUUGCCAUGCCGGACCCCACUGUACCUGAGAGCGACAUCAAGGCUCUGACCACGCUGUGCGACCUGGCUGACAGGGAGCUGGUGGUCAACAUCGGCUGGGCCAAACACAUCCCAGGCUUCCCCUCCCUCUCUCUGGCUGAUCAGAUGAGUCUACUGCAGAGCGGCUGGAUGGAGAUUUUGAUUCUUCGAGUGGUGUUCCGCUCGCUGGGCUUGGAGGACAAGCUGGUGUACGCCGAGGACUACAUCAUGGACGAGGAGCAGUCGAAGCUGGCCGGGCUGCUUGACCUCAACAACGCCAUCCUGCAGCUGGUGAAGAAGUAUAAAACCAUGGGGCUGGAGAAGGACGAGUUUGUGGUCCUCAAGGCUAUUGCGCUCGCUAACUCAGACUCCAUGCAAAUUGAGGACUCAGAAGCAGUUCAGAGACUCCAGGAUGUCCUGCACGGGGCCCUACAGGACUAUGAGGUCACCCAGCACCCAGAGGACCCUCGGAGGGCUGGCAAACUGAUCAUGACCCUCCCUCUCCUCCGUCAGACGGCUGCUCGUGCUGUCCAGCACUUCUGCAGCAUCAAACAGGACGGCCGCGUGCCCAUGCACAAACUGUUCCUCGAACUGCUGGAGGCCAAAGCCUGACCCGAACACGGACAUCCAUUAGCAUCAUCCUGACCCCCCGACGCAGGGGGUAGGAUGACAGGAAGUGAAGGAUCACGGGUAAUGGUGUGGUUUGACACUAUGUAUUUGUACAUUUCAGCUGUGACAAAAAGUUUAAAGUUUUGAAUUUGCAAUCGCCAGGAAGUAUGUUCCUCAUAGGCAAGCAGCUGGAACCUUUUUAGAGCGAGCCCCUUCCUGCUCCCAAUAACAGUUCGAACGGAAGUGAAUGAAGCAGUUUAAUUUGCAUUUAGUGUCUUUGACAAUGAGGACUUUGUCAUUUUUGCUGUCUGUGUCAAGACGAAUGGACAAACAGCAUAAAAAGCAGAAGAUAUCGCCUUCUAGAAAUAUUUACAGUUACAUGCCAAAAGUAGAGCUUCUCUUGUCAAAAGACCACCUGAUACUUGAAAAUCCUCGUGGAUUAUUUCAUCUUUCUUGAAGCCUGUUAAUCUGCAUUCUAGUGCAUUUAGAGCCUUUUAAUGAUUUGAUCUUCUUUGUCCUUUUUGUAUAGAAAAAGGUAUAUGUGUCCUAAGAGGUAAGUCUUGCCAAAGAGUAAAGACUCAUACUAUUGAAUAAUACCAGCAUAUGUCCACAGUAAUAUAAUGUGGCCUGUAAGACAUUCACAUAAACCUGCAUCCCAACUGUGUCGUGUAUCGCUAAAGUAUCUAUUCACUACAUUCUUAUAUAGACGAUUGAAGGGAAGCAUCAGAAUCUCAUAAAACAAUAACCGGCCUCCUGAUUUUAGAAGAACAUUUCAGGGAAAGAGUACUCAAAGUCAUGAUACGACUGUACGACAGCAAAGUGAUAUUUAUUUAAAAGUGGCUCUGUUCAUUUGCUGUUUUUUAUUUACUAAUGUGGCAUUAAUGAAGAGUAGAUUAAAGCAAUUACAGUGGAUAAUAAUUUUUUUAAAGAUUUUUAAAUAUCAAUGUAAAAUAAUUUUUUACUAGCUUCUCUGCUACAGCACUGAUACCUAUGUAUACCAUAUCAUGAAAUUCAAGGCAACGUGAUUAUAAUUGGAGUACGUACUUGAAGAUCAUAAUGUCGUAGAGUUGUUGUAGACCCACAGAUAUAACUUUAACUAUAUAAAAUGGAUGCCAUACUGUAUAAUCUGGAUUAGGGGGGCAUUUGAUGUCCUUUCUAUGGUAGAAGUCUAUGUGUAGGAUGAAAUUUGUGCACUACUUUUCCUUUUAGCCAUAAAGUUUGGGGAAACUGGUGAUGGCGCUCUGUUAAUCUGUUAGUGUGUUUUGUGUGAAGAGUAGUUACGUCUGAAAUUUGUCUUUUCCCACACAUGUUAAAUGAAGGGAUUAAACUCUGAAGGAAUCUUAGUACAGUGAAUAAAAUGCCCAAGUCUUGCUCCUUAUUUUACUCAAGGUACUGUGACACUAUGAUGUGCAGAUUUUUUGAAGAUCAUGGCAGCAAUAUGCUGAUUUCAAUGUGUGUUCUGUACGUUUUGCUGUAUAUACGUCAUGUCUUAUGCCAACAGAGAUGUUUAAAGAUGCAAAUAAGCUUUGUUUGGAUGAGCUGUGCCGUGCUAUUUCAUUCUCAGGUGGAUUC